UGGAAUCUUUAAAAAAAAAACUGAAUAUGUAAAAACAGAUUGUAGAACGGUGGUUGCCAGGGUGUCAGGGCCUGGGGCAUUAGGGAAAUUGGGUGAUGUUGGUCAAAGGGUACAAACUUUCAGUUAUGAGAUGAGUAAGUUCCAGGGAUUUAAUGUACAACAUGGUGACUACAGUUAACAAUACUGUAUCUUAUUUUUGAAAGCUGCUAUGAGAGUAGGGCUUUAAUGUUCUCAUCUUAACAACAACAACAAAAUGGUAAUUAUGUGAGGUGAAGGAUGCAUCAACCAAGGUUAUUGUGGUAACAUUCUGCAGUAUAAACAUGUAUCAAAUCAUCAUAUUGUACACCUUGAACUUACACAAUGUCAUAUGUCAGAUAUAGUUCAAUAAAGCUGCAGGGGGUGGUGGGAAGGGUCAGACUAGUAAUACACACAAUAGAUAGGAUCUCAAAAAUAUGAUGACCACUGAAAGGCAGUAUAUACAGAGCCAGCCAUUCCAUUGAUUUAAAGUUCUAAACACAUGUAACUAAUCUAUAAUGAUAGGAACCAGAUGAAUAGUUGUGUCUAGAGGGAAAAGACUUGAAGGGGGUAAGAGGGAACUUUCUGGGGUGAUGAAAAUGUUCUCAAUCUUGACCGGUGUUUUAGUUAUAUGGAGGUAUACAUUUAUGAAAAAUUCACUAAGCUAUACACAUAUGAUUUGUGCAUUUUACUGUAUAUAUGUAAAAUAUAUUCUAAAUUAGGCCUUAAUGUAGAUGUAGUUCUGAUAAAGGGAAGGGGAAGGGAGAAACAGGUUUGCUGAAGGAUGAACCGGAGUAAGGCAGAAAGCAGGCUCCAGGUGUCAGGAGUGAGUAGAAAUCUUGGACUCUGACACUUCCUAGCAAAAUUUCUUCACCUCACUAAUGCCUCAGUUUUUAAAUCUACAGUACAGGGAUAACAAUAAUUUUCCCUCCCUGAGUUGUUAGACUUUAAGGAAUAAGCAAGUUAAUUCACGUUAAGCGCUUAGAAUAUUGCUUUGCACGUGGUAAAAACUCAAUAAAUGGAAGCCUAGAGAAAUAAGACGGCCUCCAGGGACCUGGCAGAAGAGCCCAUCCCUUGGUUGAGAAACGACCUCGUGGGGCUGCCUCUGCGAAGCGAGGUCUUGCAGGGACUACAACAGGCUUGACCUGGAGGGCGCGGGGCAAGCUGGGAGUUGUAGUUCUCGCCAGUCUAAAACGCCCACGGACGCGGGGCGACGAGGAUCAAGGAGACUUUCUGGGAGUGGGGGAUGUCCGGCCUGAGCAGGGAGCGGCCCGCUCUGCUCCACGGUGGCUCUAGCGAUGGGCAUAGGCGUCCUGUUGUCACUGGAGUCUCCUAAUCUCCGAAAGAGGGUUGUGAACCCUGGCCCAGCCCCUCCACCCCUCUGCCACCCCUGAUGCGACCAUGGGCUCUGGCAGUGACUAGGUGGCCACCCUCUGCCCCUGUGGGUCAGCGGCGAUUCUCUGUAGGACCCGGCACUACCCUGGGCCAGCUCCGGGGAAGUCCUACUGGGGCCUCCUCUCUGUGGUGCAGCCCCGGCCACGAGGGCCCCCUGGCCAGCCUGCCUGCCCAGGAUGAGCGCUUACCCUCCCAGCAGCCACCACCCCGACCACCAUACCUCCCUGUAGAGGAGCACCGAGCCUCGGCUCCUGCCGGCAGGAGCCCCCGAAUGCUGCACCCAGCCUCCCAACAGAGCCCGUUCAUGGUUGAUCUCCACGAGCAGGUGCACCAGGGACCCGUCCCUCUGUCCUACACAGUCACCACAGUGACAACCCAAGGCUUCCCCUUGCCUACAAGCCAACACAUCCCUGGCUGCAGUGCCCAGCAGCUCCCAGCAUGCUCCGUGAUGUUCAGCGGGCAGCACUACCCCCUUUGCUGCCUCCCACCCCCGCUGAUCCAGGCGUGUACCAUGCAGCAGCUCCCUGUGCCCUAUCAGGCCUAUCCCCACCUCAUCUCCAGUGAUCACUACAUCCUGCACCCCCCACCGCCAGCCCCACACCCCCAGCCCGCCCACAUGGCACCUCUUGGGCAGUUUGUAUCGCUGCAGGCCCAGCACCCGCGUAUGCCCCUACAGCGGCUUGACAAUGAUGUGGACCUGCGGGGGGACCAGCACCCCCUGGGGAGCUUCACCUACUCCACCUCUGCCCCAGGCCCAGCCCUGUCCCCAUCUGUGCCCCUGCACUACCUGCCCCAUGAUCCACUGCACCAGGAGCUGUCUUUCGGUGUGCCAUAUUCCCACAUGAUGCCACGGAGACUGAGCACUCAGAGAUACCGCCUGCAACAGCCGCUGCCCCCGCCACCCCCACCGCCACCCCCGCCACCGUAUUACCCCAGCUUCCUGCCCUACUUCCUCUCGAUGCUGCCAAUGUCACCAACAGCAAUGGGGCCCACCAUCAGCCUGGAUCUCGAUGUGGAUGACGUGGAGAUGGAGAACUAUGAGGCCCUCCUGAACCUGGCAGAGCGGCUAGGAGAUGCCAAGCCCCGGGGCCUCACCAAAGCGGACAUCGAGCAGCUCCCGUCAUACCGCUUUAACCCCGACAGCCAUCAGUCAGAGCAGACGCUGUGUGUUGUCUGCUUCAGUGACUUCGAGGCACGGCAGCUGCUCCGAGUCCUCCCCUGCAACCACGAGUUCCACACCAAGUGUGUCGACAAGUGGUUAAAGGCCAACCGGACGUGUCCCAUUUGCCGGGCCGACGCCUCCGAGGUGCCCAGGGAGGCUGAGUGAGGCCCACAGCCGCCCAGGAUAAACCCUGCCUGAAGCUCUGGAAGCUCGGGUUGGGGGAACCUGUGGAGGACGGGGAGGGAGUGGCCCAGGCCUGCCCCGUCAUUCCCGCCUGCAUC